CAUUCUUGUGCGGGCGCAACCAUAUCACUCAACAUCGCCCAGGCCCGCCACCGCCUCCUACAACAUUGAGAAUCCCCCGCGCUGCUGGACACAGAGUCGCGCUCCCAUGUCUCAACCACCACAGCAGCCCGAGGACGUCGAACAUUCGGCUUCCCACAGCGACGCGGGCCAGGCCUCCCCCGCCCCCCUGCCCAACGACCACGACCCAUUGUCGGCGCCGGAGGCCCAUACAGAGACCACCGAUUUUGCUGCGGACAACUCAAAGUCAGGCAACGUCCCUUUGCCUCCCAAUGUUGCAAGCAAUGUUGGACCAUACUCGCUCUCGGCGGCAGUGCUGAGUCCAUCUGCACACGAUCGUAUAUUUCCGAUACGAAGUGUCGUUUCUGUUGACCCUAACCCUACAGCGACACCGAAGCCUACUGGACAGCAUGGCAGCGAUUACUUCCACCAGUAUUCCCAGGCAAGCGACUCGCGCAGGCCGUCGGGCUCUACAGCAUCAAACGCAUCACACGUUUCCCAACGAGGUCAAGGCCAAGCUCAACGGCAGUCGAUACCUGCAACUGCACCCAGGGCAGAGGCAGCGCCGCAGGCACGGCAGAGCGCAAAGUCGACACCGCAGAAGUCAGAGCUCUCGAAGUCGAAAUUACAGCUGCCUACAUCACUAUUCAAGGAAAUAACAUCGUCGAGUUCUGGGAAUAGUGUAGAGGAUGGAGGAAGUCGGUCACCAUCAGUCAAGGCGGUGGGCCGUCCAUCGUCCGCCGGAGGUGAAUCAAUCCGAAGUACCCUCAGCAGUGUGGGAGAUGUGAGCAGUUUAAUAACACCUCGGUUCAAGCAUGUGGUCACUGAAGGUGGGCAUAUGGUCAUCACUGGUCGAGAUGGCGAGACAUUACAGCGCUGCGAGGACGAACCAAUCCACAUGCCGGGUGCUGUGCAAGGAUUCGGUCUCCUGGUUGCACUUCAAGACGACCCAGAGUGCAGUGGAGCCCUCCUUGUUCGUGUCGUGUCUGAAAACUCUAAAAGAUUCCUUGGACGCACACCGAAGGAGCUUUUCGCUUUGGAAAGCUUCACAGACAUACUGUCCGAAGAGCAAGCCGACAAUCUCCUCGACCACAUUGACUUUAUUAAGGAUGAGGACUCGGAUGUUCUGACCAAUGGCCCUGAGGUUUUCACAAUAUCUAUCAAGGUACCAGGAGUGGCGCGGACUCGUAAACUCUGGUGCGCUGUUCAUAUCAACGACGCAGAUCUUGGGCUUGUCAUCUGCGAAUUCGAACUAGAAGACGAUCAUGACUUCCCUUUGGUACCAUCGGACGAAAUGUCACCCGAGCUCCCUGAGGACACAUUGGCUGGUAAGCCUACUGCAGAGGAGUACCUGGAGAGUACCGAAAUAAAAAGUCGACCUCUCAGAGUACUACGCAGUGCAAGAAAGAGGAGAGGUGAAGCCGCUGCGAUGGAGGUUUUCAAAAUUAUGUCCCAGGUGCAAGAGCAGCUUGCAGCAGCGCCUACUCUUGAGACGUUUCUCAAGGUUUUGGUUGGUGUUGUCAAGGAACUGACGGGCUUUCACCGCGUUAUGAUUUACCAGUUCGACCAAACGUUCAACGGACGUGUCGUUACUGAGCUUGUCGAUCCUCGGGCCACAAAGGACCUGUACAAGGGGCUGAAUUUUCCCGCGUCAGACAUCCCCAAGCAAGCUAGAGAGCUGUACAAGCUCAACAAGGUCCGCAUGUUGUACGACCGCGAUCAAGAAACAGCCCGCCUUGUCUGCCGUACCGCCGAAGAUCUCGGAAAGCCGCUUGACCUCACCCACUCCUAUCUCCGAGCCAUGUCACCUAUUCAUUUGAAGUAUUUGGCGAACAUGGCUGUUCGUUCCUCUAUGUCAAUAUCCAUUAAUGCCUUUAAUGAGUUGUGGGGUCUCAUAGCCUGUCACUCUUACGGCGCGCGAGGCAUGCGGGUCUCGUUUCCUAUAAGAAAGAUGUGUCGCAUGGUCGGCGACUCUGCUUCACGGAACAUUGAGCGACUGUCCUACGCAUCGCGUUUACAAGCCAGGAAACUCAUCAACACUGUACCCACACAGCACAACCCCUCUGGCUAUAUCAUUGCUUCCUCCGACGACCUGUUGAAGCUCUUCCAAGCCGACUUUGGGCUGUUGUCGAUCAGAGAUGAGACGAAGAUUCUUGGUCGCAUGGAGAAUUCCCAAGAAGCUUUGGCUAUGUUGGAGUAUCUGAGGAUGCGCAAGAUCCAGUCUGUCGUGACAUCGACGGACAUCACACAAGAUUUCCCUGACCUCCGAUAUCAGCCCGGUUUCCACGCCGUCGCCGGUAUGUUGAUUGUACCUCUGACAGUUGGUGGCAAUGAUUUCAUCGUCUUCUUCAGGAGAGGCCAGCUGCGGGAAGUAAAGUGGGCCGGCAAUCCAUACGAAAAGUUCAUUAAGGAGGGUACCGAAGGAUACCUGGAGCCUAGAAAAAGUUUUAAGACGUGGUCAGAGACGGUCGUUGGCAAGUGUCGAGAAUGGACAGAGGAAGAGAUAGAAACUGCCUCCGUGCUGUGCCUAGUUUAUGGCAAGUUUAUCGAAGUCUGGAGACAAAAGGAGGCUGCACUGCAGAACAGUCAGUUGACUCGAUUACUGCUUGCGAACUCUGCCCACGAAGUCAGAACUCCGCUGAACGCCAUCAUCAACUACCUCGAAAUAGCUUUGGAAGGAUCAUUGGACUCGGAGACCCGGGAGAACCUCGCUCGAUCACACUCAGCGUCUAAGUCGCUUAUUUACGUAAUCAACGAUCUGCUGGACCUGACGAAGACGGAGGAAGGUGGACCGCUGAUCAAAGGGGAGUCCUUUGACCUCAGUGCGACAAUCAAAGAAGCGACAGAUAUGUUCCGUGGAGACGCCAGACGGAAGAACAUUGAUUACGAAGUUAUCGAGCACGACGGCCUACCAAAGUCAUGCAUAGGCGAUCAGCGCCGAGUAAGACAAGCUAUCUCGAACAUCGCAGCAAAUGCCAUUCAACACACCAGCCAAGGAGGUGUCAAGAUUGAAGCAUAUGUUGCGUCAAGGCCUGGCAGUGAUCAUGCAGAGGUUGAGGUCGCGGUCACUGACACCGGCGUCGGCAUCAACCCAAAGAGACUCGAUCAGUUGUUCUACGAUUUUGAGCAAGUUCAGUCUGAGCCUGCUAAUGCUCUGGAGGAUGCUAUAGUGCCGGAUCCUGAACAAGUCAAGCAACAGGGUGACAAGACUGCACUUGGUCUUGGGCUUGCCGUUGUGGCGCGCAUCAUCCGGAACAUGAACGGACAGCUCAGAAUCAGGUCGGAAGAAGGCAAAGGCACUCGGUUUGUCAUUCAGUUCCCAUUUGAUCUUCCAGACGAUGAAGAGGAGGUAGAAUCACCACCAAGGGAUGCUUCACCAUCCGGGAGCGUUACCCCGCACCCCGAGCGACCUAAGUCAUUGACCAGUUCAAUGCAAUCUGGAGGCGAGCGCACAUUGAUCUCACCAACCAUGUCGCGGCACGGCUCGAGUGGUAGCGCCGCUGCUACGGUGAACGGCAGCAACAUAACCUAUCAUCCUGCAAGCAGAAGGCAGAGUGCACACAGUUUGAAGAGCAAGGCGAGCUUACGAAGUUUCAAGAGCGGUAUGACCUCCUCAACGCAGGAAAGCGCGCGGAGCGAUGUGGACAGGCUUAUCGAGGAUCUUCAAGCACCGCAUCUAGUAGAGAGACGCAGAGGAGAAGGCCAUCAAAGCCCCAGUGCGCGAUCACUGAGACCCAUUCUCGCCAAACGCAACAGUAUGGACCCCGGGUCGCCCCCACGAACAAGAUCCAAGAGCCUUGAGGUUGCAGAGAGAGUAGUAGUCCCGCCUCAUCAAAGGAGCUUGGACACUAAGACGCCUGGCGAAGAGCCCAUCAUGUUCUCUUCUCAGCCUCUCAAAGCUGUUCGCCUGCCUGAUGAUACCUCUUCGCUGACUGGGCAGUCAACGGGCUCGAUCCUUGGAGAAGUUCACGAUAAACCACGGGAACUGUCACCUGCGCCUGCGGCUGAGCCUCCACCUGAAAAGCUGACCUCAGAUCGCAUGCGCGUCCUUGUAGCAGAGGAUGAUCCAGUAAACAGUCGAAUCGUUAAGAAGCGAUUAGAGAAGAUGCAGCACAAUGUGUAUCUGACCGUCAAUGGCGAAGAAUGCGCAUCUGCAUUCGGCGAUAGUCCCAAAGACUUUGACGUCGUCCUGAUGGACAUGCAGAUGCCAAUCAUCGACGGCUUGACUUCGACAAAAAUGAUCCGCUCCUACGAAAAGACACACACCAACAUCUACUCCCCUCGCGCCGCCCUCUGCGGCCGCAUCCCCAUCGUCGCCGUCUCCGCCUCGCUCGUGGAAAAACACCGCCAACAAUACAUCGACGCCGGCUUCGACGCCUGGAUCCUGAAACCCAUUUCCUUCGACCGCCUUAACAAGCUUAUGGCAGCCAUCGUUGACAAGGAUAUCCGCAAACAAUGCUUGUACGAGCCCGGUGAGUGGGAGAGAGGAGGCUGGUUCCACGAGGGCAGAGCGAGUGUCGAUGAGGUCAGCACGAAGCCGACGGGUAAACCGACGAUUACCAAUCCGAGUGAGAGGAUGAAGGAGGCAGCUGAGGAUGCUGACAAUCCUAUGGCUGGAGAGGAAGAUGAGGAGGGGAGACAGCCCGAGGAGCAGGAGAGGUUGUUGCAGAAGCAGGAGGAGGAGAGGACGGAGGAUGAUGAUAAGAAGAACGAGGAGAUUAGGUAUGAGGAUCCAAAGGAUGCUGUGGGGUGAGCAUUGAGAUUCAUCGGUCGGCCAUUUUUGUCAAGAGGGAGGGGAGAGGAGCGAGUGUGAUACGAAGGAAUUAUAGACUGCAUCCUGUUAGGAGUAUUGUUUAGUCUUUGGUGUGGACGAUUUAGCCAUUAUUUUGGGUGUCGCGUCACGAU